CACACACACACACACACUCCCACCUCCUGCUGCUGAAGGAGAAGCUGCUGCAGCGACUGUGCUGCAGCAGAAGCGACUGCCUGGCUGCUCCGAGCUGAAAGCAUCUCCAUCUUCUCCACCUUCUUCUCUCACAUCGGUUUGACGUUCAGGCAGGACCUCCUAGACCUGCUGCAGACCCACACUGAGCCUCAGCCUGCUGCUGGCCAUGGACUGAAACCAGGUGAGCUCCUCCUGAGGCGAGGAAGGCAGUUCGGUGUGGGACCUGCCUCUGCUGUGUCCUGAGUGGGUGUGUCACGGCGUCCUUCCCUUUGUCUCUCUGCGAUGCUCAUGAACGGGCCUUGCCUUCAGCCUGUCCUCACCAGACCCCCGUUUGACCAGCCCAAUGGCCACCAGUCCCAGUGGUGCCCCACAAUCCAGCUCCAUGGAGGAGACCCAUCAGGAGGAGCAGCCAACGAGCAAACAGCCAGACAAAGAGGCUUUCCCGCCUGCUGCAACUCCUCAAGCAUCCAGCGAGGAGCAGCAAACAGCUACGGCAACUACAGAAGCCCCAGAGGUCAGACAGAUAGAAAAAGAAAAAUCAAUCGACCACCUGACGGUGAUCAGUGAGAGCACAGAGACCAGUAACGGCGUCACUCCUGUGAGGAGUAAAGCGUCCCCCGUAGUGUCCUCUGUGUCGCCCAAGUUUCACGUUAAACCAGGCAGCCAUCUUAAUGGCCGGCCCAGCUUGGGCAGCCGGUCCGGCUCGUUGGCGAUGGGCUCCCCGAGGCCCUCGCUGACACGCCAGCCCAGUGCAAUCACAGAGGUCACUGGGAACGGAUCCAAACCCAGGGACUACCUGUUCUUCGCCAUCCUGUCCUGUUUCUGCCCCCUGGUGCCAAUUAACAUCGUAGCGCUCACCUUCUCCUUGAUGUCUAGGAACAGCCUGCAACAGGGCAAUGUGGACGGAGCUCGCCGUUUGGGUCGCAAUGCCUUGGUGCUGUCGGUUGUCUCUAUUUUAGGAGGGAUUGCUAUCAUUACUGCAGCAAUCGCCUUCAACUGGGGACGGAUUUUGAAAUCCUGAUCCGAUGUUUCUGCACAGAGAGUCGAUGAUCAGAACCACAUCCAAACACGGCACGGUUCGCCCCCCCGUCUCUGAAGCACCAUCAUUUCCACCCAUCGCCACCGGAUGGAAACACCGCCGUUCUUCUCCUCCCGUCUCUUUUAUUUCUGCACGACAUUGAGCAUGAUCUGCCUGACGCUCUACCUCCAACAGAAGCAGCCGCCUCUGUCCCAACGCACCGCCUGACAGGAGCAGGGCGACGGAUGGCUGCUUACUGACUGGUUUCUCUCCCGUCAUGAAAUCAGGCGUCUCUCUUUGGAAGCGAUACAUUAUUCAGACGGUGAAAGAAGGAGGCUGGUGGAUUUCACGCUCUGAUGCCAAAAAACAACCAUCUGGGAGACGAAGCUGCUAUGAAACUUUUACUGUGAAGCAAAAACUGACAAACAUAACUGGAUUAGUCAGAAGGUCACUGGAGGUCACAGGUUCUUUAUUUCUCACCUUUCUCUGAACCAACUAUCCGGUUUGCUUCUUGCGUUUUGGCUCCGGUUGGUUACUAGAACAAGGUCAGUCAGACGCCAUGUUGAAUUGGACGGUCCUCUGGGUGUUCAGUCGGUCACAUCAUCAGAACUCAGGUAAUCCAUGUGAAGCUAAUUUUACACCCUGCUAAUUCAACGUUUCUUAUGAGCGGACACCCGGGUAGGACAAAAUGGACGUCUCCCCUCAGACUUAGGGAGGAGUUAGAGUCAAGGUGUUGCUCUGGUCUUUGGUGAGGAAGAAGGACUGAAAGCUGAAGCUCUAGAUGAACCGCUCAUCCGCGGUCCGGAGAGACGGACCUUAGAUGGAAGAACUAAUCAUGGAUCUAUGAGCUGAUAUUCGCUUCUUCUGCAGAGUGGCUGGACUCUGGCUGAGGGAUAAGGAGAGGAGCUCCACCAUCCUCCUGGAGGAGCUCCUCCUCUAAAGCAUUGACUCCUCCCUCUGGGGGCACAUCCCACAGAGGCAGACCCAGAACUCUGUAGAUCCCAGGAUCUCCUUUGGAUCCUGGGAAGGAACUGGACACACUAGAUCUGUUGCGUCUUGCAGAGCAGAAAGAUUCAGGUUAUCAUCAACAUUCAGCUGGAACAUCUCCUACCUGAUGGCCUCCAGCCCUGAUAAAGCAUCCCUCUAAAGUGACUCUGAGUCCAAAUUUAGCACCAUAACAUGACAGAAAAUCAAUUUUUCUCCUUAGAUUUGACUCAAACUAAAUGAAUGUCUAAUCAUCUGCUAUGAUAAGGAAACUCUGACUGAUUAAGGUCUACAUUCAUCUCCUUCCAGUGAUGCUUCUGGUUUCAAACCCUCAGCUUUGUCUUCUGAGCCGGAUGUUUGCAGUCAGCUGCAGUAGCGACUGAUCCCAGGUCAGCCUCACAUUCAGCCAUAUUUAAUGAAUCUGUCUGACCGCAGCGUCUUUGCUUACUGGGCCUGCAGUGAUGGCUCAGAUGAUUCUAUUCAUUAGGGAGCUAAGGUUACGUCUACUCUGCAUCUCUGGGUGUUUCUGGCUCUGAUCGUGGAUCCGUUGCUCCUCCUGAUUUCUCUGAUCUGCUUUCCUGAGUUUAGCUUCGUUUCGCCUCAGAAGCAGUCAACUCUUUUUCCUCUCCCUGCAGGAAGCUUUCCGCACCGAGCUGCUUCCAGCGGGAGAACCGCAGGUUCACCAUGAAGACGUGUCCGUUUGGGUUUGAACCACAACUUAUUACCAACAGUCAUAUAAUUUCAUACUUAUAUCACAUCAGCAGCGACCUGUCAGCUGAAUGUUAGGACAUCAGGAAGGUUCUGUGUCCUGUGUGGGAUCCCUGUUAGAGCUACCAGGCUUUUAGGUGUAAAAGGUCUUUCCUUUUCACCCCUUCUGCUUCAUGUAGAACUGCUUCCAGUUUGCACAAUGAACUCACACCUGGCUGGACAGGUAGCUGCACGAAGGAUUUAUAGCCCCAGUGAAUGAAAUGUCUGUGAUGAUGCUGCAGCCCUGCAGGGCUUCUGGUGCCAAACUCUGAAAUCAAACCUGGUUAUUUAGUAAUUGGAAAUAAGGAGCAUUUUCAGUGGCUUCAUGGUGUUCCGGAACAUUGACCUCUGUGCAUGCUAAUUAACUCUUUGGAAUGAACCCAGAUGAACUAAGCUGUACCAGAACCAGAAUCUCCAAUAACCUGUGCAUGUUUACAUCCUUUACAUAUGACGGUACUUUCACUCAGCAGCAAUGCUGCCUGAGAAACACUGUAAAUAGAUGAAAGUUCUCCUCGUCCUCGCUGUGGUUCUGUGUGGCAGGUUUUGGCAGCGAUGGUUGAGCUCAGGUUGUCCUGUUCAACACUGAAACAACACGAUGGCCUCUUCGCCGCCAGAGGAAGGAAAAAAACAGGUUUUCUAGACAUAUUUCGGUGAAGGGCGUCUGGAUUGGGUCCCGGUUCCUUUGUUCCUUUUGGUUCCUGAAGUCCACCAUAAAAACCUACUGUUUUGUUCCCUUAGAACCUGCGACCAUUAGCAUGAAGGAGCCAAUCCUCAUGGCUCUUGAUGUUCUCUAGGAACCCUUCUCUGGUCAUUGCCACUAUGGGUAUCUGUGAUUCCAGUAUAGGUCUCUAUCGCCCCAUUUCCACUCCCCUCUGAAACCGAUCCGUGCCGAGCUUGGUUCCUUAUGUCCGUUUACGCACCACGCUAGCACGGUUCCUCGCCUCCUAGUGGCGAUCUACGGUACUACUGCUCUCUAGAGGGAAACAAUCGAACCAACAUGGCGGCGCCCGUAACAUUCAGGAAGUUUGCAGAGAGUCAGGCGAAGAAGGCAGCCUUUGGUGAAAUUACUUGACAGAGUCGGAUUUUGGGAAGUGGAUACGACAAACAAUCGUCUAAUCAGAGCUUCCAGAUGCAGGAAACAACGACAGAUGUUGAGGUUAAUCCCACUGCUGAGCUGAAUCAUCACUGGAAAUCGUGCGGCGCGGUAGGGAAGCUAGGAUCUUUAAGGAAUGAUUACGGAGGCUGACUGUAAGGGAUGAGGCGGUCUGCUCGUUGAGAACCGAGCCAGUUGUGUCCGGUCCGGUUCAGUUCUCCGUACCGUUUAGACUCAACAGUUGUCUCGGUUACCGUGUCUAAAGGGUAUUGUAAAUGGGGCUUAUAUGUGAAAUAGGGCAUACCUGCCAUGGGUGUUUUCCCACCAAUGAGAGGGCUCUUUGUGGUUUCCAUCAGCUACCAUGGCUCUAAGACCCAUAUGCUCAUUAAAGAUCUCCUCCACCAUGGGUGCAAAGAUCUCUCCAGACUUGGUACAUGCCUCUGUGUUCUCAAGUUCAUCCAGAACAAACCCACCUCAGUCUCAUUAUGAAAAGGAGGUCUGCCUACCUGCUAUUUUUCCUUUUGUACCCAGCAGGUCAGUCUACAGACCCUCCAUGGGGGUGUUUACACUCACAGGGAUUCCCUGGUCAUUACGUUCUGCUUUCUGGGAAGUGACGGUCUAGUGGUUAGAGCCGUGUGCUUGUGCUCUGAGAAGUUUGGAAGUCCCUGAUUUGAGCCCCACAGACUGACACUCCCCACUCCCCAAGGGAAUGAGUUAAAUGCAGAGAGUGAAUUUCCCCAAUGUGGGACAAUAAAGGGAUUUACAUUUUGUUUCAUUUCAUAGUAAAGCAAGUAGGUCCUAGUGAAAUUGGUGAGUAUGGUUCUUUCUGUAUUCACCAUUGAGGUCUUUAGACUCACAGAAGGUCCAUUUCCUCAACAUGUUGGUACAAAGACCACAGGAGGACUCUUAGCACCAUUUAUUGAUCUUUGCACAAUGCCAUGGGAGAUCUAUGAUGUCAUGGUCGCCACUAGACGCCACUUCAUCUAUCUAAGGAAUCUUUUUGGUCUCCUUAGACGUGGAAGUCUUCCUACAUCCAGGGAUCUGUUUGAACCCUCGUUAAAAUGUCCCUCUGGACGAUGUUUAGCAGAUAUCACUUGUCUGGGAUGGAUUGUCUCUGGGUAAAGGUGGUGGAGGAACAAAGGAACCUGGACUAUCUGAACCUGAAAUUAGAAACAUGUCGCAUUUUGACGUAUCGCCUUCAGCUCACUCACGCCGCUGCUCGACCCUCUCCUGUCCCGAUUGUAGCAUGCCUCUAUACUAACCACAUUAUGCAAGUAAAGAUCAAAAUGUUCUGUUUGGCUCAGUCUGGAUGCUUUGUUUUAACCGAUUGUUCUGUGCUCUGAACUUUUUGCUUCUGCUACCUCUCAGGUUCUUCUGCUGUAUCUGGACCACAUUUUAGAAACUGACAGUUAAAUCUGUUGUUUCUCUUUACUGCUUCGAUGCUAACAUUGUGUCUGUAACAUGACCACAUUCAUAUCACUACCUGCACUUAUUUCAUGCUGUUCUUCUCUGGGUCACCUGGAAGAAGUGUGUAAAUAGAAAAACUUUCCAAGCAUCAGUUUAUUUUAUUUUGUUUAAUUAGAAAUGAAAAGUCCUGAAGGAGAUUUAAUAGCAUUGGUGAUUGAUUAGUGAAAGAAACGCUGUGAAAUCAGCAGCGACAUGGAUUCCUAACUGCAUGUUUUGGUCCGUUGAACAUCAGUCCCCUCUAGGCUGUGGAAACAUCCCAUAAUGAACGGAAACCAGUUCUUAUCCUGAUCCAGCAGUCGGUUGGUGGUGAUUAUUUCACUCUGAACAUAACAGGUGGCUGUUAGUUAACCCCAGCUUUACACGGGGGUCCUGGUUGGUUCCAGGUCCAAAUCAUGGAUGCUAGUUGGUUCCAGGUCCAAAUCAUGGAAGCUGGUUGGUUCCAGGUCCAAAUCAUGGAAGCUGGUUGGUUCCAGGUCCAAAUCAUGGAUGCUGGUUGGUUCCAGGUCCAAAUCAAGGAAGCUGGUUGGUUCCAGGUCCAAAUCAUGGAAGCUGGUUGGUUCCAGGUCCAAAUCAUGGAUGCUGGUUGGUUCCAGGUCCAAAUCAUGGAUGCUGGUUGGUUCCAGGUCCAAAUCAUGGAUGCUGGUUGGUUCCAGGUCCAAAUCAAGGAAGCUGGUUGGUUCCAGGUCCAAAUCAUGGAUGCUGGUUGGUUCCAGGUCCAAAUCAUGGAUGCUGGUUGGUUCCAGGUCCAAAUCAAGGAAGCUGGUUGGUUCCAGGUCCAAAUCAUGGAUGCUGGUUGGUUCCAGGUCCAAAUCAAGGAAGCUGGUUGGUUCCAGGUCCAAAUCGUGGAUUCUGGUUGGUUCCAGGUCCAAAUCGUGGAUGCUGGUUGGUUCCAGGUCCAAAUCAUGGAGGCUGGUUGGUUCCAGGUCCAAAUCAUGGAUGCUGGUUGGUUCCAGGUCCAAAUCAUGGAUGCUGGUUGGUUCCAGGUCCAAAUCAAGGAAGCUGGUUGGUUCCAGGUCCAAAUCAAGGAAGCUGGUUGGUUUCAGGUCCAAAUCAAGGAAGCUGGUUGGUUCCAGGUCCAUAUCAUGGAUUCUGGUUGGUUCCAGGUCCAAAUCGUGGAUGCUGGUUGGUUCCAGGUCCAAAUCAUGGAGGCUGGUUGGUUCCAGGUCCAAAACAAGGAAGCUGGUUGGUUCCAGGUCCAGUUGGUGUAAAAUCAGAACCUAUCAGCUAUCCACUGAUAGGUUCUGGUUCUUAGGUCGGAGUAUCGGGGCCCAGAUAGAAGCCUUCGAAGGGAAUGAAGUCAUUGUAGCAGAACCCAUUUCAGAAACAAAGCUUCCAGCUCAAAGUCCUUAAAACAAUUGUUUCAAAGUUCAAACUGAUGAUCAUUUGAUGCUAAAGGACUUAAUUUUUCCUUAUUUAUUAAACUGAUGCCAACAUAUAACCUCAUAAGAUGCUCCACAUUCUUCGUUUAGGGAAGAAAGAGCUGCUUCAGUUUUCAUAAAAUAAAACUUUAUUCUCGUAUAAAAAGAAGAAGCUUUCAGCCUGGCCCUAAUCCUCCGUCUAACUGGUGACAUAAACAAUAAUUGAUUUUUGACAUUAGAUGCUUUCCAGGUGUAUUUCAGCAGAACUUCUGGAAGCUUCUCUCCCGCUGUCGUACACUCAGACUCCUCAUAAGACACGGAUCUACCCGGUAUAUGGAUCCGGAGCCGCUGUGGGAGCAGAACCGGGUCAUGUUGGGACUGUGACUCUGAUCUGUUGGGCCUCAUGUUGAUUGGCUGAUGCCUGCGCUCUGACCCGUGUUCAUCAGCGGAGCCGUUUCCAGCAGGUUGGUACCAACCCCGGCUUUGGGCUGGUUCCUGUUCUGACCCUUUAGGACGGAGUCCUGUAGAAACUGGUUCCUGUAUUCAAUCGGUUCUGAAUCAGCUGCAGAUUCUGAGGUGACUUGGAUCAAGAUGGAGGAUUUGUUGAAGUUUGAGGUUUAAAUGUUAAUUCAAGCAAAGCAUUACUGAGGAUGAUGGUUUCUAUGGGAACCAAGCUCCCAUCUCCUGAAGGCCUUUUCAUUUCAAACUGCUGACUGAUGCCAGAUUAUUUAUUCUGAUCUCUGUAAAUGUUUCUCUGCUGGUUUUGUAUCUAAUCUCCAGUUUGUACCGCCCAGUAUAACCAGCCUCCCCCAGCAGUGAGGGGGGAGGACGAUGCAAGCAUGAACCACGGUCUCUGUCUGUGCAUGCCUUAGCCUGACUGCUGAAUGAGAACGAAUGGGUGUUCACUUUAAUCCAGACAUUGGUGUCUCCAUUGCUGCCGAGUAUCUGAUCAUGUUUGAAGAGAAUAAAUCCUGGUUCAAUAUGA